CGUAUGAGUCCUGUGUGAAAUAAAUCUUAUCGACUAUUUAUAUUUCUCACAGGUAAAAAUUGUUAAAAUGGCGUCCAGGUAUACACAGGAAAUAAGGAACCUAAAGUAAGAUUUCAAAAUGUUGAGUGGCCUUUUUUUGACUGUUUUAAUCUGCCUGAGAAUCCAUGUAUCGCUCCAACAGUCCUCAUUUAGUGGCCAAAACCCACAGGCAAAGGUGUUUGAAUACUAUAUGGACAGUCAUGCCGAGUGUGGAAAGACUUUUGAGCUAGGUCUGACCCCGGCCACUGUGUAUGGUAAGGGCGCGGUUCAGACCAGCGACAGUCCCCUCAGCUGUACCAUCAUCCUCUCUACUGACGGGAUCAGGGAGCAUCGCCGAUUCAGCAUCGAACUAGUCACAGGUUUCAUCAAUUCACAGGGAGUCAAUUUCUAUAUCUAUGAUGGACAGUGGACCCAGAACUCAGGAGCACAGACCCUGGCCUCCUUCAGUUACUUUAACAACCCCCCUACCAACAUGCAGCGCCUGAUUACGUCUGGAGGGUUCGUUACCUUCUCCCUGCAACGAGAUAGUGCUGACCUGUUUGGAUACGGCUUUGUAAUCCAGGUCACACCUAUCCCAGCUGACAUUUCAAAUCCCAAUAACUGUGACCAGGGAGCGGGCUAUGGCUGUGAGAGCUACCACUACAACCCCGUCAUCACCAAAACCGAGGUCAUUUACAUCGUGGCGGGCAUCUUUGGGGUGGCUUUGGUCAUUAUUGUACCCGCUGUCAUUAUCUACUGCUAUGUGCGACAGCGAGGGCUGACCAGGAGGUGGCAGGAGCGGCGACUCAAGGAUGGCGCUCCGAAUACCGCCGCGAUGUCCCUCAAUGGCAGCAUGCGCUCUGUUCCAGUCAGCAGCCGUCCCUGGCAAUCCGACAUCUCCAAACAGCCAUUCGCCUCCAUCAAAAAAUCUCCUGCAUCUUCUCGUAGAUGGUCCAGACCACCCACUGAUGAUGACGAAAGUGUUUUUGAUGAUUAUCCAAGAAAACCUCCUCCCCCUCCUCCUCCUUAUGAAGAGCAUGACCAAUAUAGAGUGGCCAGGAAUGGGAGGGAUUACCCACCAAGACGGCGAGAUGGCUAUGAACGAGAUCGCUAUGACCGAGAUCGAGAUGGCUAUGAUCGAGAUCGAGACAGGAGGUACCGAGAGAGGAAGCAUAGUGGCAGCAGUUACAACACGUCAGGCAACUACAGUGAUGAGAAGAAUGAUUCCUUUGUUCAAGCUGAUGAUGAUCACCCUCAAGAGAAUUUUGUGGAGAGGAUCAUCGAACCAAGGGUUCAUCCAAAAUCUGCAGGGAAGAUCACCAGGAAGAAAGAAGAUGACGAGGAUAGUUAUGAUUCUAUCGGAAAUUUGAAAUCUACUAAAAAAGACAUGAGAAAGACAAACAGUGAGACACAGUGCAACAGGGAAUCAGACAGUGAGGCUAGUCCCGAGACUGAAAGCGAGGCUCCGAGUACUGAGGAAGAGGACGUAGUAUCCUCUCAAUCAGAGGAAGAGGGGCAGGAUCCCAGGACCUCACUGUAUGCUCAGCCUGAUAAAGCUCGCAAAAAAGGCAAGAAAAAGAACAAAACCACGGCAGAUAAACCGGUGGCCGUACAACCACCGCCUGCUGCCGUGAGCCUUCCACAACCAGUUCUUGGAGUGCCAUUUCAAGCCAGGCCAGGGAUGGUCUUGCAAAGACCUCCUCUCCAGGGCUAUCCCAUGAUGCCCCCUAACCAGCCAAUUAACCCCGCCCUAAGGUUUAUGCCACCAGUGGGUCAGAUAGUCAGGCCAGCCUAUCCAGUUCCAAACCAGUUGAACCCGGCGGGUCAGAUCCAUCCUCCCAAUCCUGCAGCGAGAUUCCCAAUGACCGCAAUGACAGACCAGCGAACUGCAGUACCAAUACAAAAUCUACCUGUAUCCAAACCCCGAUCGGUGGGCCAGCAAUUAAACAAUUCUGGGGAGGCUCCUAAAUAUUCCUAUCUGGUGAACCGAGGUUACGAUACUGGUAGAACGUCUCCGGUCAGUUCCACUACAAGUUACAGUCAGCAGAGCUAUGUUCUGGAUGACUCCGCUGUAAACAUAGACCUUGGCAGUGGUGUUGAUUUUAUGAAACGAACCACUGAUGUUUAAUCAACUUUGUGCUUAGACUGCAGAAAUUUGAUUACCGUAAAGUUAACAGGUUCUCUACUGCGCAACAUUUAUUAUGCAACAACCAAAUCAAAGUGAAUUUAAAGAAUUUUUUUCAACAUGUCUUUUUAUUUGUGACAAUAUUUUGAUACAUGUAUUUCUUUUAAAUAUAAUGAGUGAAUAUUUUGGGCAAAAUGGAAUAAGAUGAAAGAUUAACCAUUGCUAGAAUGUACUGAUUAAAUGAGUAUAAUGCAGGUGUCAGUCCUCUAUACAGACAAGAGGGUUUGCUAUAGCUACAUUUUGUAGUUUCCCUUGAUUUAAGUGGCUUUUUGGAAAAAGGUUUUAUUAUUAUCUGUAUCAAAACUAAUUCAAACUUUGAUCUGAAUGAAAUUGUUUCGUUGUUAUUUAUUGAAGUUAUAUAUCAGUUAUCAAGUUUUAAAAAUUAUUUGAUAAUGCUUGGAAAUUCCCAACUCCGUACAGUCAAAUUAAAGAUAUUAAGCAUUACAGUUAUUUUAUUUUGUGAAGCAAUAUUUAUGUUUACAGGUACAAAGUACUUUUGUAGAUGACAUGCUUAGUUUUAUUGUCGUAUCAUAAUUUUAUAUUUUUAUGCUGAGUCUGACACAUUUCUACUUCCAUUUAUUUGUGCAUUGUGUAUAUAUAUAAAUCUUAAUUUUCACAAAAUUAUAGAUAUCAAAUGUACAUUUCAAAUGAAGAAAGAAUUCAGGACAUUUAUUAUAAAGACCAAUCUUUAACAUUCCAUUUUGUAACUUUUGAUUGGCUCAUAUUCAGAUUAAUUUUUUGAACAUAUAUAAUUUUAAUCUACCAUAAUUAUGUUUCUCUUAUCAUUAUGUGUACUUGCUUGACAUUGUUCAUUUUUUACCAAUAUGAAAUAACAAAUAAAUAUACUUGUAGAAAAUUCUCAUAA